AUACCCUAGUCUUUCCUUCUUCCCAUUCUCUUCAAUCACAGCAAUUGCUCAGACACAAAAAAACUUGUAUUUCAUGCCCUCAAAUUCAAUCAAUAAAAAACAAAAUGUGAAAGGAAACAGAGUUAUAUAUAUAUAUAUAUAUAUAUGUUACUUAGUACUUACAAAAAAAAAAAGCGUUGUUAUCAAAAAACAGCUAGAGUUUCUGAACCCUCUUAAGACUUGUGUUGUUCUCUUCACUUCUGAUACAAAAAGGGAAAUAAAUUUCAUUGGUUGAAGGCAAAAUAUGGAAUUGAAGAAACUUGGUUCAGUUUGGUAUCCUUUUUCAGAGAACCUGUUCCUGUUAACGGUGUGCAUGCAUAGGAUUUGAUAUCUCCUUAACUGGGAAUCAUACUGAUAUAGGCAUGGAUAAUCAAGAAGAGAGGUCUUUGAAAGCUAAGACCAAAAGGAAUAUGUCAUCGACAUCUUCGACAUUUUUUUCAGCAAAUCAGUCACCAUUCUUCUCUCCAAGAUCACCACCAUCUACAUGUAACAGAACUCAUUUAGAUAUAGCUGGCCCAAGCAUCAGUUCAGGGAUUCCAGAACAGACGUCUCUAGUUAACGUUAAAAGUACCUUAUCAGAUAUAACAGCAUCUCCGGCUGGCUACAAUUCAAGCGAUUUGCUGAAACUUGAUUUUACGUCUUCCUCAGUUGGCAUGUCUAGCAGUAGUAUCAAUUAUCGCCAUUGCGGUGAUGAGGGUUGUUCUGGAAUGAAAGGGAAGCCAAUUAAGAAAGAUAGAAAUAAUAGAACAUCAUCAACUCCAGGUUCCACGCCACUCUCUUCUUAUAGACUGAGGAAUUGUGAUGUUUUCAUAGGAUUUCAUGGCAGGAAAACGCCUUUGGUACGAUUUGUUAAUUGGCUUCGUGCUGAGUUAGAAACUCAAGGAAUCAGUUGCUUUGUAUCGGAUAGGGCUCGAUGUAAGAACUCUCGCAAGCUUGCCAAUGUAGAAAGGGCUAUGGAUGCUGCUUCUUUUGGGGUAGUGAUUGUAUCAAGGAAGUCUUUCAAGAACCGAUAUACCAUUGGGGAGCUGCAGUUUUUUUCUAGCAAGAAGAAUUUGGUUCCAAUAUACUUUGAUUUGAGUCCAGCUGAUUGUCUUGUCAGGGAUAUAAUCGAAAAGAGGGGUGAGAUGUGGGAGAAAAAUGGAGGGGAACUUUGGCUUUGGUAUGAAGGGUUGGAACAGGAAUGGAAAGAUGCGGUGCACGCCCUCUCUCGUGUUGAUGAAUGGAAGUUGGAAGCUCAAGAUGGAAGCUGGAGAGAUUGCAUACUGAAGGCUGUCACAUUAUUAGCAAUGAGGUUAGGCAAGAGAAGUGUUGCGGAGCGCUUGACAAAAUGGAGAGAGAGAGCAGAAAAAGAAGAGUUCCCUUUCACUCGAAAUGAGAAUUUUAUUGGCAGGAAGAAGGAGCUUUCACAAUUGGAGUUUAUACUUUUUGGCGAUAUCACUGGAGACGCAGAGCAAGACUAUAUUGAACUUAAGGCCAGACCGAAGAGAAAGGGCAUAACAAUUGGUCGGGGCAAAGGUAAUAUGAUAGGUGAAAGAUGGAGGGAAUCAGAAAGGCAUAUGGUAAAUGGCAGACGAGAGGAAAACGAAGCGGUUAUAUGGAAGGAGUCCGAAAAAGAGAUUGAAAUGCAAGGUACUGAAUUUUCUCAUAGGCAAUACCAUAAAAAGCUCAAACGUGGUAAGUAUACUAGGAGGAAAAGAGGAACAAAAAUUUUGUAUGGGAAAGGCAUUGCUUGUGUUUCAGGUGAUUCCGGAAUCGGAAAAACAGAACUUAUUCUUGAAUUUGUGUACAGAUUUCAUCAGAGAUACAAGAUGGUUUUAUGGAUAGGAGGGGAGAGAAGAUAUAUAUGGCAAAACUAUCUUAAUAUCAGGUCUUUUUUAGAAGUUGACGUAGGAGUUGACAGUGGUUUGGAGAAAGCCAGGAUACAAAGCGUCGAAGAGCAGGAGGCCGCAGCAAUUUCUAGAGUUCGCAAGGAGCUGAUGAGAAACAUUCCGUAUCUUGUGAUCAUUGAUAACUUGGAAAGUGAAAAAGAUUGGUGGGAUCACAAACUUGUGAUGGAUCUUCUCCCUCGUUUUGGUGGAGAGACACAUGUAAUUAUUUCUACUCGCCUCUCUAGCACCAUGAACUUGGAACCUUUAAAACUUUCAUACUUAUCUGGAGUUGAAGCAAUGUCUUUAAUGCAAGGGAAUGGAAAGGACUAUCCGAUUGAAGAAAUCGACGCUCUUAGAGUUAUUGAGGAGAAAGUUGGGAGGUUAACUUUGGGCCUUGCCAUUGUUGGUGCAAUUUUGACCGAAUUACCUAUAACCCCGAGCAGGCUCCUAGAUACCAUAAAUAGAAUGCCUUUGAAGGACAUGUCGUGGAGUGCUAAAGAAGCACACAUGUUAAAGAAGAACACUUUCCUUUUGCAGCUUUUCGAUGUUUGUUUUUCAAUAUUCGAUCAUGCGGAUGGCCCAAGAAGCUUGGCCACCAGAAUGGUGCUGGUAAGUGGAUGGUUUGCGCCCGGUGCAAUUCCUGUUUCCUUGUUAGCACUUGCUGCUCACAAGAUACCAGAAAAAUGUCACCAGGUCUGUUUAUGGCGAAAAAUAAUGAAAUUAUUAACAUGUCAAUUCACAUUAUCAUACACCAGAAAAUCAGAACUAGAAGCAUCUUCUUUGCUUCUAAGAUUUAAUAUUGCAAGGAGUAGUACGAAGCAAGAGUAUAUCCAUUUUAACGAGCUCGUCAAACUAUAUGGUCGGAAAAGAGAAGAUACCGUAGCUGCACAAGCAAUGAUACAAGCUAUGAUCAGUCACGGGUCGAUAUCUCAAAAUCUGGAACAUUCAUGGGCUGCAUGCUUUCUAUUAUUUGGAUUUGGCCACGACGAUGUAGUUGUUGAGCUCAAGGUGUCCGAGCUUUUAUGUCUUGUCAAAAGAGUGGUUCUGCCUCUUGCAAUUCACACAUUCAUUACGUACUCGCGGUGCACUCCGGCUCUCGAGCUUCUGCGUCUGUGCACCAAUGCACUGGAAGCUGCAGAUCAAGCAUUUAUUACCCCAGUUGACAAGUGGUUCGACAAAACACUUUGUUGGAGGUCAAUCAAGACUAAUGCUCAGUUGAAUCCUUGUCUCUGGCAAGAGCUAGCUUUGUGUCGAGCCACCGUUCUUGAGACCACGGCGAAGCUAAUGCUAAGAUGUGCUCAAUUUAAGGUUGGGGAAGAUUUGGUCAGGAAGGCUGUUUUUAUUAGGACUUCGAUUUGCGGUGAAGAUCAUCCAGAUACCAUAUCAACACGUGAAACAUUAAACAAAUUUACCAGGUUUAGUGAAAAUGUCCAAAUUCAUGCUUCAACAUAGAUUUAUUUAUUUAUUUAUUUUUUAUCUUGUUAGGAAACUAGAUUUAUACAAAAGAUCUAUAAUAGAACUUGUGCAUACUGUAUGAGAUGCCUUCCAUUUUAAAAUUAUUCCUUUUUGGUUAACUUCACAUGCUUAGUAUGGAUCCUUAUAUAAAUUUUGUAAUGAUCCUUCUUCCAUAGAUUUUUUUUAUUACUAUGUUAUUAUUUCCCAAUUCA